UGAAAAUAAUGACGUUUCACUGACCGGUAAGUUACACUUGUUUACAUGAGACUUUAUUUUCACUUAUUGGUAAAAGCCACGUAGUGCCUUAGAGUGAGACAUUUCAGUCCAUCACAAGACUACAGAAGAGGAUUUCUCUUCACAACUGGAGGAAUGAAGAGCUCUCGAGUUUUGUUUCUGCACUUGUUGCUGUUGGUUGUGCCUCACAUCGGAUGCUGGAAUGAUGAGGCAGUGUUACUGCGUGAUGUUCAGGCUCUCACCCUGUACAGAGGACGCUACACCACUGCACGUCGCUCCAGUCCUGUUCCACAGCUGCAGUGUGUUGGAGGAUCAGCUGGCUGUGGAUCACUUGUUCUUGAGGUGGUUCAGUGUUACAACAGAGGAUCAGAUGGCAUAGACACACAGUGGGAAUGCAAGGCUGACAUGGACUACUCGUACAGGUUUGGGCGUGUGGAGGUCUCCUGCGAGGGCUAUACCAGUCCCAGUGAUGCGUAUGUGCUGAGAGGCUCAUGUGGUCUGGAGUACACGCUGGAGCUCACAGCAGAAGGGAAGCAGCAGAACACACACGGCUUCUUCCAAGGCUUUUCCCAUCAAAAGCAACAGCAGAGAGGAGGCCAUUAUCAGCAGUCUACCAAGAAAUAUCCCUUCCAGAACGGCCCGUCUGGUGAUGGAGUGGGUGGGCUUGUAGUGGUAGCUUUCCUUUUGCUGGGGGCAUAUGCGGUAUACAAGAUGUUUCUGUGCGGUCCUACUCACGGCCAACAAGGUUACCAUGCAGAAGGAUCCCAGGGAUACCCCAGGACCUGGGAUAACAGUCAUGGCAUGGGGCCACCACCGCCUGGAUUCAAACCAGAUUAUUACUCACCAGAUCAGUCUAGCUCAAGGCCUGGGUACGGCUUUUCUGAUACGUACACCAGACCUCAGAGUUCUUGGACUGGUUUCACUGGUGGAAACACUGGUAGACGUGCUGGGGGUGGAUUCUGGACUGGAAUGGGCACAGGUGGACUUCUGGGAUAUUUGUUUGGCAAUCAGAGACGCCAGCCAUCCAUGGGCUUCACAGGACCAUCUUACACCAGCCGACCUUCUCCAGCACCGAAAACAAGCUCAGGAACACGGACAGUAUCAGGGUUUGGAGGAACUAAAAGAAGAUGAUUCACCAACCUCAGUUCUCAGAUUGAACAUGAUCAACAAGCACAUUACAAAGAAUUACAAUGCUUUCUUCAUGCUAAUGUUCAUUUAUUGCACAGACUUUGCUGAAAUAGAUGUAGCACAUUAUUACUCUUUUUUUUUUUGUUUUGUUUGUUGAUGUUAUCUUAAAACAACCUGCAUUCUUUCAUUCUAGGUUUAACUGUGAAUACAGAAAAUACCAUCCAAAAACAACUGAUCCGACUGUUUUAGUGUUUAAUGCUAUUUGUUUCACAAAAGAAACUUCACGUAUUAAAUUCUAUAGGUCUUUAUUUUUUAUAUAAAUAUUUAAAAUAUAUUUCUGUAAUUAUUUGAAGUUAGCAUUAAAUCUAAAUGUAUCCUAUUUACAUGCUUAAUGCAAGUUCUUGCCUUAUUGUGCCAUGAUUGUUCAUAUAUAUAUAUAUACAGUGGGGAUCGAAAGUUUGGGCACCCCUCGCAGAAUCUGUGAAAAUAUGAGUAAUUUUCAAAAAAUAAGAGAGAUCAUACUAAAUGCAUGUUAUUUUUUAUUUAGUAGUGUCCUGAGUAAUAUAUUGUACAUAAAAGAUAUUAACAUUUAGUCCACAAGACAAAAAAAAUGCUGAAAUUAUUAAAAUAACCCCACUCAAAAGUUUGGGAACCCUUGGUUCUUAAUACUGUGUUCUGAUACCUGAUGAUCCAUGACUGUCUUUCUGUUUUGUGAUGGUUGUGCAUGAGUCCCUUGUUUGUUCUGAACAGUUAAACUGAGCAGCGUUCUUCAGAAAAAUCUUUAAGCUCCUGCAGAUUCUUCAGUUUUCCAGCAUCUUUGCAUAUUUGAACCCUUUCCAGCAGUGACUUUAUGAUUUUGAGAUGCAUCUUUUCAGACUGAGGACAUUUGAGGGACUCAAACACAACCAUUUAAAAAGAUUCAAACAUUCACUGAUGCUCCAGAAGGAAACAAGAUGCAUUAAGAGCUGGGGGGUGAAAACUUUUGGAAUUUGAAGAUCAAGGUAAAUUGUACUUAAUUUGUGUACCGGGAAACAUACAAGUAUCUUCUGUUGCUUACGAAGGGCAGACUAAAUGGAAAAAAAUUAUAUAUCAACAAAAUAAGACAAUUUUGGCCAUCUUCAUCAUGUUCAAAAGUUUUCACCCCCCAGCUCUUAAUGCAUCUUGUUUCCUUCUGGAGCAUCAGUGAAUGUUUGAAUCUUUUUAAAUAGUUGUGUUUGAGUCCCUCAAUUGUCCUCAGUGUGAAAAGAUGCAUCUCAAAAAUCAUAAAGUCACUGCUGGAAAGGGUUCAAAUAUGUAGAGAUGCUGGAAAACUGAAGAAUCUUUAGGACCUUAAAGAUUUUUCUGAAGAACGCUGCUCAGUUUAACUGUUCAGAAAACAAACAAGGGACUCAUGCACAACCAUCACAAAACAGAAAGACAGUCAUGGAUCAUCAGGUGACAGAACACAGUAUUAAGAACCAAGGGUUCCCAAACUUUUGAGUGGGGUUAUUUUAAUAAUUUCAGCAUUUUUUUUUGUCUUGUGGACUAAAUGUUAAUAUCUUUUAUGUACAAUAUCUUACUCAGGACAGUACUAAAUAAAAUAUAACAUGUAUUUAGUAUGAUCUCUCUUAUUUUUUGAAAAUCACUCAUAUUUUCACAGAUUCUGCAAAGGGUGCCCAAACUUUCGAUCCCCACUGUAUAUAUAUAUAUAUAUAUAUAUAUAUAUUAAAUAGGGCUGGAUAAUAUGGCUAAAAUGUAUAUAAAAAUAUUAAUUUUGGUUGAUAGAAUAUAUCUAAUGUAAAAUAUACUAGUUGUGAAACUUCUUUGUGAGUGUGCGAGAGAGAGUUGUUACUGGACAUACCUAAGACAUACUGUAUACUGUGAAAAUACUGUGUGAACUGCAAAAUAUAUUCAUUUGCUUACUCUAUUGCUCAUUGCUUUUAAUAUUAAAAUUCUGAUUUGUUGAA